AUGUUCUUUUUACAUCGUGUGAGAGUGAAAAAAAGACUCCUUCUGGUACUGACUUUUAUACUUUUGCUGUUAUUGUUCUUAACAUAUCAUGCCAGACCAUCGAAGAUUUUACCCAUCAAGAUUAAUGAACAUACAUGCUCUGUGUACUUCAAAGAAUUAGAAAAGAAUUCUAAGAAUUGGUCAAAUGACUUUUUCGUUGAAAGAUGGUGGAGUCACAUUCCGCUAUUGGAAAAGGUUGGUGAUGAUGUUAUCAAACAUGUUGAUAGGCUACAAAAAUUUCAUAAAUGCUUGAAUGAUGGUGGCUUGAGAAAGGAAGAUAUCACUGAUGUUCAAUCAAGGCUUUUUCCGUAUUUGGAUUUUGAGAAGCUUCAUUACAAUGAGGCCGACUUUUGGCCGGUACAUACAAGAUGGAAUGGGGAAAUAUAUCAACAAGCUAUGCUGAAAUUCGAUCACCAGACCAAAGCAUUUAUAGGCAUUGAGCAAAUUCAUCACCGUAAGGGCCAGUAUUUUUGGGACCAAUUUGCACAGAAUAUGACUCAGAGAAGCUCGCGGGGAAUCGUGAUAAGCGUAGGAAACUAUCAGGUUGGAGAAGUUAUUCGACUUAUACGCGUCUUGAGGCUAUUAAGAAACGACCUUCCAAUUCAAAUAGUUCAUAAGGGAGAUCUAAGUGAGCAGUACCAGGAGUUCAUAGCUAAAGCAGCAACAGAGAAUCAUACGGAUAACUUCCCUAAUCAAGAAUUAUGGUUCCUCAACAUUGAAAAUGUACUUAAACCUGGAUAUUUUGAGAAGUUUAAAAAUUUUGGAAAUAAAUGGCUUGCCAUCAUUUUCUGCUCUUUUGAUUCACCCAUAUUGUUAGAUUCAGAUACAAUUCCAUUUACUUCGCUUCAACGUUAUUACGACUAUGAACAAUAUGAAAGGAUGGGGUCGGUUUUUUUUAAAGAUAGAAAGAUUACGAAUGAUCUCAUGAGAUCCAAUGACUUGGACACGCUUAAUAAGAUAACUAAAUCCUUACUGAAUUUGGAUUUUUCAAAGAGCAACUUGGAUGAGACUUUAAAAAAACUAGCACAAACCAACGACCGUACCGCUUUGGAAACAUUGGAUAAUCUGUUUUCAAACAGAUAUAAACAUCAUAUGGAAAGCGGACUAGUAGUGCUUGAUAAGAAAAGAAAUCUUUCUAGCUUAUUAACUGCAGUGAUAUUGCAUUUUUCCUCAAUAAACACGAUCUUUCAUGGGGAUAAGGAGUGGUUCUGGUUUGGGCAGUUUCUUGAUAGGCAAUUAUUUACAUUCCACCCCCAAGACGCUUCAAAUACUGGAAAGUUGGGUAAUGUUGUUGUGGAGGGCUUUGAAGGUGAUUUUUACCAAAUAUGUUCUGUCCAGUUAUCUCAUACAGAUAUUGAUGACAGUUUACUUUGGUUAAACGGCGGGCUAAACGUAUGCAAGAAAAACUCAUGGCAAUUUGAUUUCACGAAAAAUAAGAGGGUUGCAGAUUCAUUUGAUAGUGUCGAUCAAGUGAAGGAUUACUAUCUCUCGCCCAUAGAAUUAGAGGGUACAAUUAUACCUGAUGUAGAUGUGAGGCCUUGGAUUAGAAUUGGUGAAUGCGCAGGGUAUAACUACUGCACUCUUUAUAAGGAGGGCGAAUUUGGAAAGUUUCGCAGAUUUACUGAUGAGGAAAAACGUGAGUACAAUGAGAUAAUAAAUAUCUGGAACAUGCCAGUGUGA